CAGCUGUGCUGGUAAAAUCAGUCUUGGAUGUGGAUCCAUAUUCAGUGAAACAUUACAAAAUGGGAUUUCAAUCAAAAUCUGUAUAUGAGAUUCUGCUGAGGGCCCUGCUAAAAUACAUGAAUGCCUGAAUGAGAGCAGUAAAACAUGCUGGAUGUAUGAUGAAUGGCAGGAGGAAACAUCAAGCAGAGUGCGGUGCAGGUGAAAGCAUGAAUGUCCACAGGGAACAGAAGAGGGACUUUCAGUCUAAAGCCUUUCAUGAAAGCACAGUGUUCACUUUGCUUCCACCAAGACCACAUUCCUAUGGAGACGCAUGCCUUUCCUCCAGAGGCUCUGAGCUGCUGGGCCUGCAAGUGCAGGGACUCUGCUGUCACCUUCAGCAGAAGCCCAGCAGUGGAAGGGUGACACAAAGGGUGACACCACAGAGCAGAGGGGGAGGAGGGGGGAGCCUGACGCUACUAAGCAGACUCAAGGGAAGGCCGCAGAGCAGAGCAAAACCAGCACUGAGGACCAGUACUGGGAGCAGACCUGAGAUAAGUCCAGAGGGUGAAGCUCCCACUGUGUGUCAUUGCAGAGAUCCAGUCAGUCAAACAGCAGAAACUCCCACAACCCCCUGCAACAACAACGAGAGGCAGGCUUGUCACGGGCAUCCCGGCGCCACAAAGGUUUCAGUGCUCCAUCUGUAUCUGCCUUCAUCACUCUGUGAUGAUGAGGAGCAGGACGUUGAGGCACAGGAGAUGAGAUCUGACACCAGCCUGUCCUCACCCCACCUUCUCUGAAGCUCUGUGCGUCACUGUUGCCCGGCAAAGAUGACAUGUCAUUGGCAAAACACGGAGGUCCCCAGGGAUCCGUGCCUUUCCUGUGUCUGCCCCCAAACAGUGAAACAGCAUUCCCCCCACAAUCCACCCUCUCAAUUGACUCUUUUAAGUCCAGGCACAAAAACCUACUUUUAUUCAUUAGCGCUCAAGUCCCCCUGAUGUGGCUUUCUCUGACACAAGCCUAUGUGUGUUGUAUCUAUAAAUGUGUGAGCUGUGUACCUGACAGUUAUGUUGCCUCUCGUGUAUGUGUUUUUCACAUUUUAUUCCUUUUGUACAGCACUUUGGUUGAAUUGAGUUGAGUUGAGUUAAGUUGCCCUGUUUCCUUUUCUGAUAAUCCUUCAUUGUGAUACUGUGAUUCCGCCACUGAUCCAUAUUACAUUGACUAGUGUCAA